UUGUCGAAGACAUGGAUGAGCAGACAUUCCGUCUGAUUGGACCAAGCGUCGUAAUUGACGAUGGGCCUGUUCGGUCUGCAUCCGCACUUGAGAACGCCUUGAAAUCCAUCUGGAGCCAUGUCCUAAAUCUUUCGCACGAACAAGUAGGGCUCAAUCACUCAUUCUUGAAGUUAGGAGGAGAUUCGAUUUCUUCCAUGCAAGUCGCGGCACAAGCAAGAAGGAAAGGCAUCGGCUUAAGCGUUCAAGAUAUACUUCUUAGUAAGAGCAUCGUCGAGUUGGCUCAACGUGUCAAGGAAGUGCAUUCGCCGUAUUGCGUGGACGAAGAGGAGAUCGAGAAACCUUUUGAUCUUUCGCCUAUUCAAUUGUUGUACUUCGAACUGCCAAAUCAAGGGACUGGUCACUUCAACCAAUCGUUCUUUUUGCGGGUCGCUCGAAAACUCUCCAAAGCCACGAUACACGGCGCUGUCAGAACCCUCGUUUCUCGCCAUUCUAUGUUGAGAGCAAGAUUCGAAUGUGAAGCUGGGUGCUGGCACCAGCGCGUAACGAACGAGGUUACCAGCUCAUUCAGCUUCCGUCAACACACUAUGAAAACUAGUGACCAAACUAUGGAGGUCAUUGCGGAUGCUCAAACGUCCCUUGAUCCUGUUCGUGGGCCACUUUUCGCCGUGGAACUGUUCGAUCUUCCCAAAGAACAACUUAUAUUCCUCGUAGGUCACCAUCUCGUCAUAGACCUGGUAUCUUGGAGAGUCAUACUGGAAGAAUUUGAAGAACUAUUGGCAGACCCAAAGACAGAGCUGCUACCAAAACCAAUCUCUUUUCAGUCUUGGUGUCGUCUUCAAGCAAGCCAUUCACAGCAGCUUGAACCAAGCAAACUUAUCCCGCCUGCCAAUGUCUCAGCUUGCGACUUUGGUUACUGGGGUAUCAAUGAACAGGACAACACAUAUGGCAACGCCACGAAUCGAGGCUUCGAGAUCAGCAAAGAUCUUACUUCUGCGUUCCUGUCAGAUUGUCACACAGCUCUCAACACUGAGCCAAUUGAUGUCCUACUUGGUAUCCUCUUUAACUCUUGGCAACAUACUUUCGACGACCGAGAUGUUCCUCCGAUAUAUAACGAGCAUCACGGUCGCGAGACUUGGGACAAUGCUCUUGAUAUAUCAAGGGUGAUCGGUUGGUUUACGACAGUUUACCCUGUCGUGGCUCCAAGCUCCGCUCUAGCGGAUAUUGUCGAGGCAAUCAGAUUCGUCAAGGACUACCGCCGAAAGGUUCCUUCAAAUGGUCGUCCUUACUUUGCCAAGCGAUGCCUUACAAAUGAAGGUGGGAGUGCUUUUCAGAGUCACUGGCCUUGGGAGGUUUCUUUCAACUACCUCGGCCAAUAUCAGCAACUAGAACGCGCCGAUUCCUUACUUCAACCUCUGGAAACUAUGGCAGGUGAGUCUCGUGCUGCCGGUGGAGCUGCUGACGUAGGAUUUGAAACGCCUCGUUUCGGACUCUUCGAGAUCUCAACGGUGGUCUCCAAAGGAAAACUUCGCUUUUCAUUUAGCUACAACCGCCAUAUGCAACACCAACAAUUGAUUCAACGCUGGAUAACGGCCUGCGAAGAGAUGAUUGGUACGGCGGUCCAAAGACUCAGAGCUUUAUCACCCGCACUAUCCUUGGGCGACUUUCCACUGCUUCCUUGGACGUUGAAUGGCGGCAUAUUCCAAAGUAUGCUGGAGAAUCUGUCACAAAUUCGAGUAGCACCGUCGGACGUUGAAAACAUCUACCCUUGCUCGAGCAUCCAAGAGGGUCUUCUUCUCAGCCAGGGAAAACAUGCAGGAUAUUACGCAGCGGCAGCCAUCUACGAAGUGGUUCCCCAGGGCUAUAACACCACAGUGACCUCAGAAAAAUUGGCCGCAGCUUGGAACAGAUGCGUACAAAGACACCCGUCACUAAGAACCAUAUUUUUGGAAAACACUGAGACCAUAGGCGGACUGUACUACCAGGUGGUCUUGAAACAUGCAAGUCCAGCAGUAGCACACCUGAGUUGUAAAGAUGAAGAGGAGGCACUGUCUAUUCUCCUAGCGCAGAGAUCGAUCUCAUACGAGGACAAGCAGAGCCCGGCUCAUCGAUUUACUAUUUGCAAUAUAAUGGACAAAAAGAUCGUGUGUUCCUUGGAAAUCAGCCACGCUUUGAUGGACGGAGAUUCGAUGGAUAUCAUCUUCAGAGAUCUUGCAAAAGCCUAUCAACAGCCUCUCCCGAAAGGCCCUCUCUACAGCGAAUACAUCGAGUACCUUCAAUCACAGAACCUUGGCAUAGAUUAUUGGAAUGCGUACCUUCAUGGGGUGGAGGUUUGCACCUUUCCAGUUCUAAACGACGGCUUGAGAGAAGAAAAACGGCUCCGGACAAUACGUUUGGACCUUCAGGACAUCAAUAUUCCGGCCUUCAACCAAUUCUGCCACGAGAACUCUAUAACGAUGUCGAACAUCUUUCACGCCGCUUGGGCUUUGACUCUGGGCUGCUAUGUCGGAUCUGGUGACGUCUGUUUUGGCUAUCUGACCUCUGGGCGAGUCGCGCAAGGUAUUCAAGGCGUGAAUGAAAUGGUUGGACUGCUAAUAAACUCCCUUGUCUGCCGAGUCAAGAUUCAUGGAUCGUCCUCUGUGCUAGAUAUUCUACGAAGUCUGCAAGAAGACUACAUCAAGAGCCUACCGCACCGCUACACGCCCCUAGCGGAUAUACAACAUGCGCUAAACCUGUCUGGGACAGCCCUGUUCAACACAGCAAUCUCUUAUCGACGACUUCCAUCCCGCAAUGAACACCACCUUGCUUCCGACAUCUCAUUCAAUGAGUUAGCUCCUAUCUACGACCCUACGGAGUACCCUGUGUCGCUUAAUAUUGAGGUACAUGAGGAUGUCGCCAGCAUUGACCUCGACUUUUGGACAGACCAUCUCAGCGAAACACAAGCCGAAAAUGUUGCCAGUACCUUGUCGCGGGUAUUACAUACUAUCUUGGACGAGCCAGACAAGCAGAUCGACGAUCUUGACCUUCUUAGCCAUCAUAACCUCGAGCAAAUAUCACGAUGGAAUAUCAUGCCUGAAACUCUCAACGAAUGCGUUCAUACAAAAUUCCUCGAACAAGUAACAAAGCAACCAAAUGCACCGGCCAUUUGUGCAUUUGAUGGAAAUUUUACUUACGCGGAACUGGACUCUAUCUCCGAGCGUCUCGCUCACAGCCUUGUUGAGCUCGGCGUUGGUCCUGAGAUGUUCGUUCCCACUUGCUUCGAUAAAAGCUCUUACGCAGUGAUUGCCAUGUUGGGCGUCCUCAAAGCAGGUGGUGCAGCUGUGCCACUUGACGCCAGUCACCCGAAGGCAGCCCUGGAAUCUCGUAUCGCAGAUACUGGCUCAGGUAUUGUGUUAGCCUCACCACACCGAGCAACGACCUUCGAAGAUGUUGUCCCUACAGUAUUAGCCGUCUCUUCGGGGCUUCUCGACCAGUUACCAAUGGUUGAAGGCCGAGCUUGUACUACCGUUCAGCCCUAUAAUCCGGCAUUCGUGAUCUUCACCUCUGGGAGCACGGGAAGACCGAAGGGAGUAGUGCUCCAGCACGAUUCCAUGACAACUAGCUGCAAUGCGCAUGGAACGAAUCUCGGUAUCGGACCUGGAACGAGAUUCCUACAGUUCGCUUCGUACACGUUUGACAACUCUCUGGAGGAAAUGUUUACUACCAUACAGAGAGGAGGAUGUGUUUGCAUUCCAUCCGAAGAGCAGCGCAUGAACGAUCUGCCUGGGGCUAUUCGUGAACUCAACGCUAAUUUUAUGGAUCUCACGCCCACCGUCGCUAGCUUGCUAGAGCCUGCGGAGGUUCCUUCAAUCAAAGGAUUGGCUCUAGGAGGAGAAGCUCUCACGAAAUCCGUUGUGGAUAGAUGGGUGCCUUUUGUCCACGUUCACGGCCAAUAUGGGCCCUCUGAGGCAAGCAUCAAUUCUGCGUGGAAGGACUUCCAGGACGGCGGCGACCCCACCAAUAUUGGGAGAGCUAUUGCCAGCGUUUCAUGGAUAGUUCAUCCAGACAAUCCGAACCACCUUAUGCCGAUUGGCUGCCAAGGCGAACUACUGAUUGAGGGACCAAUUCUGAGUCGUGGAUAUCUGAACGACCCUGAGAAAACUUCCAAAGCUUUCAUUCAAAAUCUUGGCUGGGCAAAAGAGACGGGACAGAAAAGGCGAUUCUACAAAACUGGAGAUCUCGUUCGCUAUAAUUCAAAUGGGGAAAUGAUGUAUUUGGGGAGAAAAGAUAAUCAAGUGAAGGUCAAUGGGCAACGCAUUGAGUUAGGGGAGGUGGAGCAUCACUUGAAGCUUAGCUUGCCUACAGAAGCUCAGUCUGCUGUCGAACUCAUCACAGUCGGCGACCAAACAUCUACGCUCGCGGCGUUCAUCUGUCUUCCUACGACAGCAUCCCAACUCGACGAGACCGAGAUAUCUACAAUGACGGACUCUUAUCUUCAAACGGUGAAAUGUCUUCAGACUAUAUUGGCAAAUGCGCUUCCGGCAUCUUUUUUGCCAAAACUUUACAUUCCGGUGAACUCAAUGCCUUUCACAUCGUCCGGAAAGCUAGAUCGUAAAGUUUUGAGAAAUCUCGCCCACACGAUCCCGAAUGAAGAUCGAGUUCGAUACACUCUCUCGGGAAGAAGUGCGAAAAGACCAUCUACGCCGAGAGAAAUAUGCCUAGCCCAGCUUUGGGAGGCGGUUCUCAAACUGGAUGCCAACUCUGUUGGCGCGGACGAUUCCUUCUUCUCCUUGGGCGGUGACUCUGUUUGCGCAAUGCGCCUGGUGGUGGCUUCCCGCAAAGAAGGUCUCUCGCUUACUGUCGGUAGCAUAUUCAGAAGCCCAAGGCUAUCGGACAUGGCGCUUGACGCCGGUCAAGACACCGCGAACACCAUGGAGUUGCAGCUCGAAGCCCCAAUGGAACCUUUCAGUCUGGUUCGGGACAGAUAUCCGGUUGCAGCUAUCUUGGAAAUGGUGUCCACGGAAUGUGGCCUAUCCUCGGAUCGAAUUGAAGAUGUUUACCCUUGCUCUAAGCUUCAGGAAGGGUUGAUCGCACUCUCACUGAAAGAACCAGGAGCAUACGUUGCAGAGACUGUCUAUAACCUUCCCAAGGAUAUUGAUAUUAGCGGCUUCAGGAAAGCUUGGGAUGCAGUUGUCCGUGAGGAGGCUAUACUUCGGACGCGAAUAUUAUUCACAGAAGCCUAUGGCUUUCUCCAGGUUGUCAUUCGCGACGAAGGAAUCGAGUGGGGAAGCAUGCUGGAUCUCCAGGAUAUCAAAGAAUCGGAUAGACACCUUCCAGCCGUGAAUGGGGGAAAGCUAACCAGCUACGCGAUCGUGGGAGAGGGCAGCAUGAGUCCCCACUUCGUCUGGACUGCUCAUCAUGCGGUUUACGUCGUAGAUGGCUGGAGCCUGGCUCUCCUGUUUAGAAAAGUUGAACUUCGCUACCGGGGCGCUAAUGCAGAAUCGAAGAUUGCUGUUCCAUACGCAAGGUUUAUCAAUUACCUCACGCAGUCCAACCAGGAGGAGUCUGAUCGCUACUGGACAUCGCAGCUCGUAAAUCCCUCUACGCCCCAAUUCCCUCAGCUUCCAAGCUAUACACACCAAGUUCGAGCCUCCGGAUUCCUCUCUCACAGCGUGCAGAUCUGUCGCGUACCAGGCUCUGAGAUCACUAUGGCCUGUAUCAUUCGAGCUGCCUGGACUCUGGUCAUCUCAGCAUUUACCGGCGAGGAUGACGUGAUCUUUGGAGAAACCAACAAUGGUCGAGAAGCGCCCGUGCCUGGCAUUGAAGAUAUUCUUGGGCCUACGAUUACUACUUUGCCACGCCGUGUAGUCUUGAAUCGGAAAAUGAAGGUUUUAGAGUUUCUGCGAGAGAUCCAGCAAAAUUCUGUGGAUAGUCUGCCCUAUCAAUUCGCAGGUCUACAGCAUAUUAAAAGAACCAACUCGGAGAACGCACAGGCUUGCGACUUCCAAAAUCUCCUUGCGAUAAACUCCGAAAAUACAGCAGAGGAUUCAGGGCAUGGCCUGUGGAAUCUCGAAAGCACUGGUGCCGUUGGAACGAACUUCUUUUCCUACCCCCUCAUCAUGUCGUGCACGAUGAAAGCAAACGAAGUCAAUGUGGAGUGCCACUACGAUCAAGAAGUCAUUGCGACAUGGCUUACUCGCAACGUGUUGCAAGAAUUUGACUUCCUGCUUCAAUGUCUGAAUUCGCCGCGAAAUCAUGAUACCGCGAUUCAAGAUUUGGUAGUGCUGAAUCCGGAGGAUCAAUUGACCCUCACAAAAUGGAACUCUAGGCCGCUGGUAGCCACCGAUAAGUGUAUCCAUAGUGCCGUUUUCCAGCAAGUCCUUAUCCGACCAACCGAUAUGGCUGUCGAUGCUUUUGAUCUCAAGAUUACUUACCGCGAGCUCGAUGAAAAGUCUACCAGGCUAGCGUCACGUCUGGUCGCAGAGGGAAUCACCCCAGGGUGCUAUGUCCCAUUCUGCUUUGAGAAAUCCGGAUGUGCCAUUGUUUCCAUGCUUGGAAUAUUGAAAGCAGGCGCUGCGUUUGUUGGGCUGGAUCCAACGUCCCCAAUACGCCGACUACGAGAGAUAGUUGGGGACGUGAAUGCCAAAUUGGUCCUUUGUUCACCCCAGCUUUCUCAGAUCUGCGAAUCAAUUCCCGUGAAAGCAUUAUUGAUAGACACCCGUACCAUUGAGCAACAAUCAGGACGCCUAUAUACGCUACCUUACGUACAGAGCGACACCCCGGCGUAUGCCAUAUACACUUCCGGUUCCACAGGACGACCCAAAGGGACUGUUAUCCAUCACUCAAGCUUUGUCCUGACCGCGACCGAAUCCGGACCCAAAUUCGGAAUAUCUUCGCAGUCGCGAGUUUUACAGUUCGCCUCAUUCGUAUUCGAUGCCUGCCUAAUCGAGAUUUUCACAACACUAAUGUGCGGAGGUUGCGUCUGUGUACCCACGGAACAGGACAGGACGAACGACUUAGCCCGCACCAUCAACGACCUCGCAGUCAACUGGGCAAUUCUCACGCCGACGGUCAUCCGAACGAUUCAUCCUAAGGAGGUGCCUAAUCUGAAAACUCUGGCGCUUGGGGGCGAGGCAAUGUCAUCGCAAGAUUUAACAACCUGGGCUGAAGCGGUCAAGCUGGUCAACGGUUACGGACCAACCGAAAGUUCAGUUGUUGCAACCAUCAAUCAAUCCAUGAGGCCCAACUCGAAUCCAUCAAAUAUCGGAUAUGCUGUUGGGUGUCAUAGCUGGAUUGUUGCGAAGGGCAACCCCAAUGUUCUCCUUCCUGUGGGUGCUGUUGGCGAGCUUGUCAUUGAAGGACCAUCACUUGCUUGGGGAUAUCUUAACAAUUCUCAAAAAACGCAGGAAGUUUUUGUUAUGAACCUCUCUUGGGCCAAGGGACACACUGCACCAGGGAACCCGCUCGAAAGAAGAUUCUACAAGACGGGAGAUUUGGUGAGCUACAGUCACGAUGGCAGCAUGAUCUUUCAUGGUCGUAAAGACCUUCAGAGCAAGGUUCGUGGACAGAGACUAGAACUCACAGAAGUGGAGAGCCACCUGAACGCCGACCCAUCGGUUCGAGACUGCAUGGCGGUUGUACCUUCUUUUGGUCUCUGUGGGAAACGUCUUGUCGGGAUCCUCACUAUCAAGGAUCUAGUAGUCUCAAAAACUUCCGCAGAGCCCGACACCAAACCGGUGAGUAUCAUACCGGCUAGAAACUCGUCAUUUCAUGUCAAAUCGAUUCGAGACCGACUCGCUGAGCGGGUACCAACUUACAUGAUACCUUCCGUAUGGGUGGCUAUUGUAAAUUUUCCUCUACUUGCUUCGGCAAAGAUGGACCGGAAAACGGUCAUCAAAUAUAUCGAAGGCCUCGGUGAGGAUGAGUAUCAUCAGAUAUCCGCGGCGGGCCAGGAGGAUGACGCUUCAAAUCCAGCCUCUGAGGUCGAGCAGAAGCUACAAGCUAUUGCCGGCCAUAUCUUGAACAUACCAUCUUACGACAUCGGAAUCUAUCAUCAAUCAUUCUUGAAUCUUGGCGGCGAUAGCAUUUCCGCAAUGCAAUUUUCAGCUCGUUGUAAGCUUGAGGGAUUAAUCGCCUCCGUUCAAGACAUCAUUCAGAGCCGCUCAUUGUCCGAGCUGGCCUCCAAAGUCCGCUUAGCUCCGGCGGAGCAAAAACCUGCCUUGGAGGAAGACUUGGAUCGUCCCUUUCCGCUAUCUCCCAUACAAAGACUCUUCUUAGAAACGGUCGGAGAGAACUAUAAGCACUUCAACCAGAGCGUGGUGCUACGCUCCGACAGAAAGAUUGAAUCUCAAGAUCUGGAAAAGGCGAUUACAGCCCUAGUAGAAACUCAUCCAAUGCUACGAGCCAGAUUCCAGAAAUCAAAAAAAGGCUUGUGGCACCAGCACAUCACAUCACAGGUCUCGGGUUCCUUCCAAAUUGUACAUCAUGCUCUCUUCGCGGGUACAGAACGCGCUAUAGGGAUUCAUGUCCAGGAGAAGAUUGCAGACAGCCAGCUUUGUCUCGGUAUUGAAUCGGGCCCUUUGCUCGCAGUCGAUUCUUUCGACAUUUCUGGUAGUAAUUCUCAGAUCGUAUCUCUCGUUAUACACCAUCUCGUCGUCGACGUGGUAAGCUGGGGAAUCAUUCUCGGCGACCUGGAGACGCUACUCACCUCCGGCUUCAUUUCGCCGCAAAGUCUCUCGUUCCCCGCAUGGAGCAAUGGCCAAUAUGAGCGAGCACAUACCAAUGUCGCGGUCAAGGCCUUCCCGCUCUCAGCCAUCCCUACUUCUAACCUUGAGUACUGGGGAAUGCCGAAUCAGAAAGAUCUUCAUAGUGACGUAGUUUCUCAAGGGUUUCAACUAAGCGCAAGAGAUUCUAUGCUUCUUUUCGGUGCCCAUGACGCUGUUUCUACAGAACCAUUGGACGUGUUUAUUGCUGCUCUGCUAGAGUCGUUUCGGAGAGUAUUCCCAGAUCGAGCGACACCCGCCAUCUUCAGUGAGGGCCACGGACGCGAGCCAUGGAACUCCGAUCAAAAUCUAUCGAGGACUUGUGGCUGGUUCACCACUCUCACACCAGUAAGUUUGCCAGUGGGGUUAGAGGAGUCGGAUAUUGUGAGCACCAUUCAGUGGGUGAAGUCGCUGAGAUCGAAAACACCCCAAAGAGGACGAGAGUACUUCGCAUAUCGUCACUUGACUGAGGAAGGUCAGCAGCGUCAUAUCAGUCAUCAACCAGAGAUCAUUUUCAACUAUCUUGGACGAAUGCAGAAUCUAGAUCGCAAAGAUUCUUUAUUCCGGCGAAUGAAUGGCAUCACGACUUCCGAUGUCGGCGCGGAUGUGCCGCGCUUUGCUCCUUUUGAAGUCACAGCAUCCGUUAAGCAAAACAAGAUUGACUUUUCAUUCAGCUGGAACCGGUUGAUCAGACAUCAAGAGAGGGUGGGACAAUGGAUCUCAAAGUGCCAAGCGAUUCUCCAGGAAGCGAUCGAGGUUCUGCUUCAGGAAAGGCCAGAGCCUCCUCUCGAAAGAUUCAAUCUUCUUCCUUUGAUAUACAACGGUACGAAGGCGCUAGAUUCCAAGUUGCCGCAAAUCUCAAAUUACGACCAGAUAGAAGAUAUCUACCCUACCUCCGCCAUGCAACAAGGCCUGCUUCUUUCUCAGCUCAAGAACCCCAAGCUUUAUGCUUAUCACACCAUUUUUGAGAUUGGAUCCUUACAUCCGAGUGGACUUGUGGAUGCUAAAAAGGUAGCGCUGGCUUGGGAGCAUGUCGUCCAAAGACAUCCAUCUUUGCGGACACUGUUUAUUCCUAGUUUGUCUGGGAGCGGGCCUAUGGAUCAAGUCGUUCUCAGGCGGCCCGCGGCAAGGAUAUCUUGGGUCGAAUGCGAGGGGGCGAAAGCUUUCGAAGCCCUAAAACUGUAUGAGGCUAUCAGCUAUGCUGACUCAUUCGAGUUACCACAUCGCUUCUCGUUAUGCGUAUCUUCUGCUCAUCGCGUGUUCUGCAAGCUGGAAAUGAGCCAUGCAAUAUGCGAUGGCACCUCGAUCGCAAUUCUACUCCAUGAGCUUUCUGAAUCUUACAGGGGAAUGUUGCCCUCCGAACAAGGCCCAGAUUAUAGCGACUACAUUUCACACCUUCUGGAAAGCCCGCAGGAUGACCAUAUCAACUACUGGAAGACUCAUCUCUCUGGCCUUGAGCCAUGCAUUGUCCCGCCUUUGACCGAUGGGCACUCUGGCGUCAGGGAGGUUGGUUCUGUAAAGCUCACUUUGAAAGGCUCACGCGACGUGAAUGUGUACUGCAAACGCAACAGCGUUACUAUGUCAACCCUUUUGCAGUUUGUCUGGGCAAUGGUACUGCGGUGUUAUGUCGGCUCGGAAGAUGUUUGCUUUGGGUAUCUGUCUUCCGGGAGAGACGUCCCCGUCCGAGGAGUUGAGAAGGCUGUUGGAUGCUUCAUCCAAAUGCUCGUAUGUCGACUUAGUCUCGGUUCGGAAAUUACUGUAUCUCAAGCCCUGGGCCAGAUACAAGGCGAUCUCGUCAAAGCAAUGGCUCACCAGAAUUGCUCCUUGGCUGAAGUAAACCACAGUCUUGGACUCGCCGCUUCAUUCAACACUGCCUUCACAUUUCAGCGGCGGAGUUUCUCUCCGCGUCCCACCAAAACAGGCUUGUUUUUCGAAGUUCUCGAGGCGGAGGACCCAGGGGAAUAUGCAGUCACCGUCAACACCGACGCUUCGGACGAUGGAAUCACGUUAGAUCUCAGCUUCUGGAAAGACAAAAUAUCACGUGACCACGCAGAAAACAUGGCCCACACCUAUCAGCAUAUCUUCAGCAGUAUCGUGCGAAGUGACGAUAUCAAUCUCACCAUCGGCAGUAUUGAUUGCUUUAGUGAUCAUAGCCGCUCGAAGAUCUUGAGAUGGAACAAGCAUUUACCAGAAACCAUCGACCGGUGUGUCCAUGAAAUUAUCAUGGAGCAGACAAUGCGAGAUCCUCAGAAGCAAGCUGUAGUGGGAUGGGAUGCGAACUUUACUUAUCAAGAACUCGAUAAACUAUCCGACACACUCGCAAACUCUCUCGUCAGCUCCGGAGUUAGCACCGAGUCCUAUAUCCCUAUACUUUUCGAAAAAUCUUCGUGGACGAUUGUGUCCAUACUUGCAGUUCUCAAAGCCGGAGGCGCAUUUGUUCCUCUGGAUAGCAGGGCUCCUACGACUAGACUCCAACAGCUUGUCACCGACGUUGAUGCCAAAUUCCUACUAUGCUCACAAAAGUUUCAAGAAACAGCUAAAAACCUUGGAAAGUAUCAUGUGGUAGACCGAACCUCGAUCAAACGCCUUCAACAUGGUCAAGCCAGUUCCCCCAUCCUGCGCUCUGGUCCUAGUGAUACUGCUUACAUCAUUUUCACAUCUGGCACGACCGGCACACCCAAAGGAGUAAUGAUUUCCCACUCGGCCUUCUCCACCAGUGCAACGGAGCACACGAAGGCGAUGAAUCUUUCCAGCGCUUCACGCGUCCUCCAAUUUGCAAGCUACAGCUUUGAUGCAAGUGUCAUGGAAAUUCUUAGUACUCUAGUGGUCGGCGGAUGCGUGUGCGUGCCGAGCGAUGAGGAGAGAAUGAACGACAUCUCUGCGGCAAUUCAGCGCAUGGGAGCCAAUUGGGCGCUUCUCACCCCAUCUGUCGCAAGCACAAUCAAGCCUAGUAGUGUUCCAUGCUUGAGAACACUGGUCACUGGUGGAGAAGCAAUGAAUCGGACACUCAUAGAGCAGUGGAGUGAUGGCGUCGGGCGGUGCUUGAUUAACGCAUAUGGGCCAAGCGAAACAUCAGUCAUUGCGACCACGAGCGUAAAAUCAGAUGCAUCGGGAAACAUCAUCGAUCAGGAUUCCUCAAACAUUGGCCAAGCAACGGGAGGUCGUUGCUGGGUCGUUGACUCGCAAGAUCAUGACAGGCUGAUGCCUAUUGGCGCAGUUGGAGAGCUAACAGUUGAAGGCGCAACUGUGGCAAGAGGGUACUUACGGGACCAAAUCAAAUCUGCCAGAGCGUUUGUGACACCAUCCUGGAUGACAACAGUUUUCGCAGGAGUCGAAAGUACCCACUGCGAACGCAUGUAUAAGACUGGCGACUUGGUCCGGUCUCGGAACGAUGGAUCUUUCACCUUUAUUGGUAGAAAGGAUACUCAGGUCAAGUUGAAUGGCCAGCGCAUUGAAAUUGGAGAAAUUGAGCAUCAAAUCCGAGCUGGGCUUCCUGCUGACUUCCAAUCAGCUGUUGAACUAGUAGCUCCAGCAAGUUCGUCGGCCACCAAAGCGCUCGCGGUGUUCUUUUGUGCUCCGGAAGAGUUUCAAUCAAGUGACGACGAUAGCAUUUUGAUGCCGCUGUCAAAGAAGACAAUUACGUGCGCAAAGAAUCUGGAGAAUUUCCUGGCCUCAGUCCUCCCAUUAUAUAUGAUUCCGUCGCUAUACGUCUCCGUAAGAUCAAUGCCGUUCACGAGCUCUGGAAAACUGGAUCGGAAUCGAUUACGCAAUGCGGUUCAGAAUAUACCCACCGACGAGUUAAUGGCUUACCGUCUGGCUAAUGUUGUGAAGAAGCGCAGCAUGAAUUCGGAGAAGGAGAGACGAAUGCAGCGUGCUUGGGCUCAGGUUUUAGCAAUUACUGAUACUUCCAUUGGACCGGAUGACAACUUUUUUACACUUGGUGGAGAUAGCGUGGUUGCGAUGAGGUUGGUCAAAGCAGCACAAGCCGAACGCAUUGAGAUAUCGGUGAUUGAUAUUUUCCGGCACCCAAUAUUCUCGGAGUUGGUUGAGGAAUGCAGCGAUAUCAGCCAAGACGGCUCGCAUCUCGACUCCAAUCCAUCUUCUUUGCUCGGUAAAGAUCAGUAUCUGGACAUUAUCGAAGAGCUUGCAGACCAAUGCGGAACCGAGUCCGAGACCAUUCAAAAUGCUUACCCAGCCUCUCCGCUGCAGGAAGCAUUCAUUACCCUGUCUAUCAAGCAACCAGGCGCUUAUGUAGCCAGCACUACCUUCAAUAUUCCUCUGGAUAUCGACAUCCCAAAAUUCAAAAAAGCUUGGGAAACGACAGUACAGGACCUAGACAUCUUGCGUACCCGAAUCAUUCAUACCAAAUCAUCUGAAUUCAUUCAGGUCGUGCUUCGCGAAGAUCGUAUCAUUUGGCACGAAGACGACUUCUCUCGGACUACAGUCGGCGAAAUUCCUCAGCUUCCUGCCCGGAACGGUGGUCGCCUCACUCAUUAUUCUAUCCUUGCAAAUCGACAAUUCGUCUGGACAAUUCAUCACUCGCUAUAUGACGGAUGGAGUAUGCCGCUCAUGCUCAAACGGGUAGAGGAGAUAUAUUUGCGCGGAUCUUCAUCAAUACCGGACACUCCCUAUUUUGGCUUCAUCAACUACUUAGCGAAUUCGGAUCCGGAGGCGUCUAAAACCUUUUGGGCAACGAGGCUUAGAGGAGCAACUCCGCUUCAAUUUCCACAACCUCAAUCAUCUGGCUCGAAGAAGAUACCAAAUGGCCAAACGGUCAAUCAUGUUGCUAAGUACUCGCGGAGAAAAGACGAUGAUAUACCAGUCUCAGCCUACAUCCGAGCGGCCUGGGCAACAGUCAUCUCAGCAUACACGAAUUCUGAAGAUGUCAUAUUCGGUGAAACUCGAUCAGGCCGUGAUAUCAACGUCGCAGGCAUCACUGAAAUCUGUGGGCCAACUCUCACCACCGUUCCUAUGCGGAUCCAUAUCGACCGUCAGUCCACUGUUCGGCAGUUAUUAAACCGUUUGGUUCAACAAACAGCCGACACAAUCCCGCACCAGCACGUUGGUAUAGGCGCCAUCAAGCGUUUUAGUACUGAUGCUGCGGCGGCAUGUGACUUCCAAAAUCUCCUUGUCAUACAAGCUGGAGAAUUUACUCCGGACGAGGACUUUUGGAAGCCCCAAUCGGAUGGCCCGUCCUCGAAUUUCUUUACCUACCCACUUGUACUUGAGUGUAAUCUCGAGAGCUCUGGAGUAGAUAUCGAUGCCCACUAUGAUGCCAAUCUGCUUUCAGAAUGGCAGGUCCGCAGAUUGCUACAUCAAUUUGAGUCGGCCUUAUCGCAUCUGAACACCUCCAAAAGCAUGACGGAAGUCCAGAUUUUGAGCAAUUACGACCUCAACACAAUCAAAGACUGGAACAGCAGCGAGCCUCACGUGGUUUCUGAGACAGCAGAUGCUCUGUUUGAGCAAGAGGUGCGAGCUCACCCCAAUACUGUUGCUAUCUGCGCGUGGGACGGAGAUUUCACAUACCAAACGCUUUACGAGAAGGCCACUCAAUUAUCACAGUAUCUUCAGCUGCUUGGAAUUGGACCAGAAACACUUGUCCCAUUGUGUGUAGACAAGUCGAAGUGGGCGGUUGUAGCUAUUAUGGGAGUGCUGCUUGCAGGCGGUGCUUAUGUCCCACUCAGCCCCGAACACCCGAUCUCCAGGCAUCAGCAGAUCAUUGAAGACGUGAACGCUACAGUUCUUCUAUGUUCACGAGCGUACAAAACCAGAUACGACAUGGUCAGAAAUGUCAUUCCAAUCGACGAUCAUUCUUUCCAGGCCCUCCCUGUUGUAACCGCGAAGAUCCCAACCCGGUCCAAAGCCCACAACACCUCGUAUGUCACCUAUACGAGCGGGAGCACAGGUACGCCCACUAGGGUAGUCAUCACACAUCAAGCCUUCUGUAGUAGCUCGACUGCUCUACAAAAGGCCCUUCAUAUUACGUCGAAGUCUCGGGUAUUCCAAUUUGCGUCCCUAGUUUUUGAUGUAUCAGUGAUGGAAAUUCUGGCUGUUCUAACCUGUGGAGCCACCAUUUGCAUGCCUUCGGAAGACCAAAGGACCAAAGAUGUAGCCGGAGCUAUCAAUAAUCUCAAAGCGUCGUGGGCAUUCCUUACCCCUUCAAUUGCCAAUUCAAUUGACGGACCAUUUUCUGUUCCUACUCUGCAAACUCUCGUGGUUGGCGGUGAUGCAAUGACGCCCGAGACCAUCGAAAAAUGGGCAGACGGGGUAGAGUUGAUGAAUGGGUAUGGUCCUACCGAAGCUGCCAUCAUAUGUGUCGCCAAUCCAUCUGUCUCUCAGCAGCGAGACCCAUCCAACCUCGGACAUAUGCUCGACGCUGGAAGGUCUUGGAUCGUGAGCCCAGAAGAUCAUGAUCUCCUUGUCCCAGUCGGCGCAAUCGGCGAGCUUUGCAUUGAAGGCCCGCUUCUUGCACGAGAGUAUCUAAAUGCCAAGACGCGAACUGGAGAGGCCUUUUUCAAGAAUCCGGCGUGGAUCAAAGACUUCUCAACUGCCCGAGAGAGCCAGACCAGAUUUUACAAAACUGGCGAUCUCGUCCAUUAUGGGUCUGAUGGCUCAAUCAUCUACGUUGGUCGGAAAGACCAGCAGGUCAAGCUAGCAGGGCAGCGGAUGGAGCUUGGGGAGAUUGAGCAUAACAUCCAAGCGGACUCCAUGGUCAGAGACGUGGUAGUAGCAUUGCCUCAAACUGGACCAUGUCUUUCUCGCUUAGUGGCCGUCGUAACCCUCAAGGACUCGGCGAAUCGCAAUACUAUCGGACGAGCUUGGAACGAGCUUUUGUCGCGCUCAGAAACCUCCGCAGUAGCCGCGAUACGAGAAAAACUCUUGGACAAGCUCCCAGCGUAUAUGGUUCCCGCGGUGUGGGUUGCCGUGAAUGCUCUACCUACGCUUUUGUCAAGCAAGAUUGACAGAAAGCAAGUAGCUGCUUGGCUUGAAGAGCUAUCCGACGAAACCUAUCAACGCAUCGUAGAGAUGGAGAUGCAUGAUGAACUCGGUAAUGCACCAUCAGCCACUAUUACCAGCCAAGUCCUCGCAUCAAUUUGGUCCAGGGUCCUCAAUAUUCCGGUAGAAAAGAUCAAGCCAAAUCAGACGUGGCUUGCACUCGGCGGCGAUUCAUUAACAGGAAUGCAAGUACUUGCACGAGCUAGGACAGAAAACAUUGGAUUGACAUUACACGAUGUGCUACGAAGUAGAUCAGUCUUCGAUCUUGCCGAACGAGCUCGAGCUUUGGGCGGCUCAUCGUCCGCAAACGAUGUUGAAAGACCAGACGAACCAUUUGACUUGUCUCCAAUCCAGACAUUAUAUUUCCAGAACAUUCAUAACGGUUUGGUGGACUCGCACUUCAACCAGUCUUUUACACUGAGCAUAGAACGCCAUUUUGACCUAAAGGACUUUGACCGAGCGUUAAAGGUACUUGUAAAUCGACAUGGAAUGCUUCGAGCACGGUUCCAGAAGGAGCAGAACGGAUCAUGGCGUCAACGUAUCUUAUCGAAUGAUGGUCAGGGCCUUUUUCGAUGCACAACACACGUCCUAAAUGACACCGCCGAAAUUUCUUCGUGGAUUGGUAGAAGUCAACGCAGUCUCGAUAUCGAAAGAGGGCCUGUCUUCGCGGUCGAUCUUUUCUCCAUCCCAGCCAAAGAUCACGUCAUUUCCCUCGUUGCACAUCAUCUGGUCGUCGAUGUCAUGAGUUGGCGAGUGAUACUCAACGAUCUCGAGGAACUUUUGACUGCGACGCCAGUCGAGGACAAGCCAUUGUCAUUCCAAACGUGGUGUGCGAAGCAAGCUGACCGAGCUGUAAAACAGCGGACCAUACCUGAGGGACCCAAAUCUCUACCUUUCGAAGUCAUACCAGCGGAUUUCAAAUUCUGGGGAAUGGAAGUAAAAGCGAACGUCUAUGCCGAUGUGGAGUACGAAAGCUUCUUGGUCGACAAGAACGCGUCAGAUCUAGCACUCAACAACCACCACGCGCUCAGGACCGAUGUCGUGGAUAUUCUCCUUGCUGCCAUCACGCAUUCCUUUACCCGUGUCUUCAUGACCAGGAGUCUGCCAACAAUAUACAAUGAAGGCCAUGGAAGAGAGCCUUGGGAAUCGAGCAAUUUAGAUCUUUCCCGGACGAUUGGAUGGUUUACUACCUUGACGCCGAUUCAAGUAUCAAUCGGACAAGAUGAAGACGAUGUCCUGGAGACUUUGAUGAAGUGCAAAGAUUACCGCCGGUCGAUUGUUGAUAAGGGCCGUCCCGAUUUCGCACGUAGUAUCUUAACGGAAGAUGGGAGAAAGGUCGCUUCCAUGUACAACCGGAUGGAGAUCCUUUUCAACUACCUUGGAAAGAUGCAACAGCUCGAACACGAUGAUUCCCUCUUUCGGCCCGUGACGUUUGCUGAGGAAGAAAAUAAAACAAUCAGCGACGUUGGUCCGAAGACUUGCAGGCUUGCUCUUUUCGAAAUCUCAGCGUCCGCUAUGUCUGACGGAUUACGAGUCACUUUCAUGUAUAACCGCCACAUGAAACAGCAAAAGGGAAUCCGCCGUUGGAUUUCUGAGUGUCAUCGAACUCUUAAGGAGAUCGUCCGAAGCAUCGCUGGCCUAAAAGCACCUCAGCCCACGCUAUCAGAUUUUCCGCUAUUACCUUUAAAGUCCUACGAUAGACUCGAAAAGCUAGUCAAGUCCACGUUCCCAAUUGCCGGCGUCACAUCAUAUGGCCAGGUGGAAGACAUCUAUCCGUGUGUUCCAAUCCAGGAGGGCAUGCUACUAUCACAGGUGAAGAAUUCGGGUUCAUAUCUAUUCCACACCAUAUCUGAUGUCAGACCUGCGAAGAACGGAUCUUCGCAAGUUGAUAUAAAGCGCCUUGCUAAGGCAUGGCAACAGUUGGUGAAUUACCAUCCUGCCCUCCGGACCGUAUUCGUCGACAGCGUUUGCCGAGGUGGGGUCUUUGAUCAGAUUGUUCUCAAAGAGACUGACUGCGGUGCUAUAACUCUUCAUUGCGAUGAUGCCGAUGUUUCGGUACGGCUAGGCUCUAUCAGUCUCGCCGACCUGAACAAAAAGAGGAAGCCGCCACUACCGCAUCAAGUCACCAUCUGCCAAACAAGCUCCGGAAGGGUCAUCUUUAAAAUGGAAAUCAACCAUACGGUCAUCGAUGGAGGAUCCCAGGACAUCAUCUUACGAGAUCUUGCAGCAGCUUAUGACGGCCGACUAUCUGCAGACUCAGGUCCGCUAUAUAGCGACUACGUUAAAUAUUUGCGCAGCCGUUCUGUCAGUGCCGAUGAGAAAUAUUGGACCACAUACCUCAACGGAUUACAGCCAUGCAUCUUCCCACUCUCACAACAAACCGAAGGUCCACGGGAGCAGCGAACUACUCUCAUGGACUUCGAUCGAUACUCGGAGAUGCAAACCCUCUGCGAGAAAAACUCAGUAACACUAUCGAAUGUCAUGCUAUCUGCCUGGGCCUGGACUUUACGACUUUUCACAGGAUCCAUGGACGUUUGCUACGGCUACCUGGCGUCAGGGAGAGACAUUCCGAUAGAUGGAAUUCAAGAUGCCGUGGGAGCUUUCCUAAACAUGCUGAUCUUCCGUCACAAAUUCCGCGAGUCUUCCACACCCGUAGAAGUCUUCAAGAAUGUCCAGAAUGACUUCAUCGCGAGUUUGUCACAUCAGCACAACUCUCUAGCACAAAUUCAGCACGAUCUCGGGCUGGAGGGGAAGACGCUCUUCAAUACUGCAGUCUCAAUUCAAAAUCAUUCAGGCUCCGGGAGCGUUGAUCAUUUCAGUAUCGAGUUCGAACAAACCGGUGGCUACGACCCAAGUGAGUAUGCUGUCACGGUAAACGUCGAGACAGGCCGAAAUGAUGAGGGCGUUUUAUUUCGAUACUGGACCGACACGCUUUCUGACGAGCAGGCUAAUAAACUUUCUUCAACGAUGGCGAGCCUGAUGAACAGCUUCAUUGAUGAUCCAAAUACUCCCAUCACCAAAGUCAGCCAGCCAGCUAGGAACUUUACUCGGCCAUCAACGGAGAAUCAAGAAGGUCAGGCGGUGUUGCCCUCUCCGCCAUCAACUGACCUACGCGAACUACCAUACCAGCCGCAGUCCCAGGACUGGAGUACUCUAGUACGCUCCAUAGUCAACGAAAUAGUACCAGAAAUAAUCGACCAAAUUAUCGCCCAGCGCAGCCUGGAACCAUACCAUGAUUCAGCGAAAGAAAUGGUGGAUUCGAUCAGCCAAAGUGCUUCUCAGGUCGGGCAAAUGAAGGAGCUCAUAAGCGGCUUUGAGAGUGGUAAUCGCAAAAUGAGUGUGACGGAGAAUCGAAUCUCUAUCGCUGCGGACAUGGUAGCCGCUGCUGGUGUAAUGGCGACCGAAGCGGUCAAGUCGGUCCCUGCUGACUUUGUUGAGAAGAAAUUACUUCAGCUAUGGAGUGAGCUUUUGGAAACGGUUGAAGGCUCUAUUGAUAAAGAAGACAGCUUUUUCCAACUUGGAGGAGACAGCAUCGUUGCAAUGAGGCUAGUCGGAGCCGCCCGAGAGGAGGGUCUUUCAAUGACUGUGGCCGAUGUGUUUAAGAACCCAACGUUUGCUGAUAUGGCUCGAGUUGUUAGAGCUGCAGGAGAGGUAAUUGAUGAAGUGAUGACUCAAAAAGCAUAUUCAGGAUACAAUCCGCAAGACGUCCCGGAAUCUUCAAAGGAACUAAGGGCAGACAUUUCCCGAACGCUGUCACAUCGUAUCAGGAUAAGAGACUCCCACGAACAAAAGGAUCUUCGUUCCGGGGAUAUAAUAGAUACGUGGAGCGGGUUCUCGAAGCAUCGUUACUCCAAAGCUCAUGACACCAAGGCCCCCAGACCCACCCAUCGGGACACCGAAGAAGAGCUACGGCGGACUAUCUCUUUCAUCAAGAACCCGUCAGCGACAAGCGCCGAAGUCAAUGAUUCUCCGAUUCAAGACAGCAUCAUAUCAAAGGUUCGGGUCUUUAAGGGCGGUAUUUCGGACGUCUUACCCGUGACAGACUUCCAAGCUUUGGCAAUCACGGGGGCCUUACUAGAGUCUAAGUGGAUGCUUAACCACUUUUACCUGACUGGACAAGGGCCACUAGAUUUGAAGAGACUGAAGCAGAGCGCAUUCCGCCUCGUCCAAGCUUUCGAUAUCAUGCGGACUGUAUUUGUUCCGUACCGCGACAGGUUUCUUCAAGUCGUGCUACGGAAGUUGCAGCCGGAUUUCGUCGUACUAGAAACGGAACUGGACCUCGAUGCAUUCACAAUGUCUCUUCAAGAAAAAGACCGAGAGACUGGACCUCGACCCGGCGAGACAUUUAUGCAAUUUGUGGUGGCAACCCGGAAAGGGAUCGAUCAGCACCGCAUAUUCAUGCGCCUUUCACACGCUCAGUAUGACGGAAUCUGUAUGCCUCAAAUAUUAGGAGCUCUCCAAGCAGGGUACAAUGGCCAACCGAUACCAUCGGCUCCUAGCUUUGCGAAUUAUGUCCGCGAAUCGACCAAGAAUGUGACGAGGCAGCACUACGCUUAUUGGAAAACCCUUCUGCAUCAGUCAACCAUGACGGCGAUCGUACCCCAUGAACAAGGGCCAAACUAUAGGCGGACCGUAGGUGUGACGAUUACCUUGAAGCAGAUCAUCCGAGUAGCUUCGUUGUCACACUACAAUAUUACGCCCGCCACCGUCAUUAAAGCGGCGUGGUCCUCGACCCUGGCUAGGCUUACAUCGCAGCAAGAUGUUGUCUUCGGGCAAGUGAUCAGCGGCCGCAACACUACGGUUCCUGGAGUCGAAAGCAUCAUUGGUCCUUGCCUUAAUAUGGUCCCUGUAAGAGUCAAGUUCCAAAAUGCCUGGACGAUACUCGAUCUUCUUCGCUAUAUUCAGGACCAGCAGGUCGCCAAUAUGCCAUUUGAGUCCCUCGGUUUCCGAGAGAUCACAAAGCACUGCACUAAUUGGCCUGACUGGACAAAUUUCUCCAGCGUUCUGCAGCACCAAAACAUAGCACGGGAAGUUACUAUGAACCUGGGUGCGACUGAGUAUAAAGUUGGUGCAGUUGGAACUCAAGAAGACUUUGCCGACUUCACCAUCGUCUCAAGUCCUCUAGUGGGAGAAAAAGUAGAGAUUAGCCUGUCAUUCGCUCCAAACAGCACCAUCACGCCUACCUUUGCCGAGAAGGUCCACAACACACUAUGCGAGGCUAUAGCUAGCUUUGCAGAAAACCCGCGCCAGCAAUUACCAUCGGUGAUAGUCGGAAUCUCUCCCCAACGCGUCAUCGACGAAGACGCCAUUAAACCCGUCAUCGAACGCGCCUUCCCCACCACAUGCCCGCCCCUCGAGAUCAAAGGUCUAAGCCAGCAAGAAGUAGCAGGAAUCUCCAACAUGCUUCGUGGCGCCUGGCAGGAAAUCUUACGAGAUGAUAGAGGCCGUCCGGUACCUCUCGAAUUGCAUUCGUCGUUCUUCGAGCUCGGUGGGGAUAUCAUGGGCCUGGCUCAGGUUUGCUCGCUGCUGGACCAGGAAGGCUUCAGUCUUAGGGUCGAGGAUCUGAUCGACCAUCCGGUCUUAGUUGAGCAGCUGGUACUGAUGGCGGCGCAGGUGGCGAGGGAGAAGGAGAGCGAAACUGCGUCGCCAUGGGGGACGCAGGCUAUGAGUGAGACAGAGCCGCAGGCGGUCGAGGAGAAGCCGCGGAAUAAGGUGUUGAAUGCCGUUCUUGUGAAGUCCGCAGGCCUAGCAAGGAAGAUUGUGGCGAGGAGGAGGGUGAAGGAUGGUGUGGCAGAGUUGUAAAAGUUCUCUUUUCAUUUCAUUGGCUUUCUUAGUAAUAAAGCUCAGCUUGAUUGGGUUUGUUCUGAAUCGUCGUAUGCCUCCAACCUCUGCGGAUUGGAAGGUGCUGCGGAGAUAUGAGAUGGUAAUCGGGAUUUGAAAGGCUGUCGUUACGCAGCGCAUUCAUUCCAAGCCUGUCUUGCCACGUGAGCAGCUCAAAGACUGGUAUGCUAAAGGCAAGCUUGGCGCUUAAUUGAACCUCACAUCACGUACAAAUUGACUCCCU